AUGAUUUAAUUAGAAUUGAAGCGAUUCUUCGCACUUACUCGCUUACUCCAAGACUUUUGUUAAAAGGAUCAUAAUUAACUUAAGCAACUUCAAUCUGGGGAUUCCGAAACAUCACUAUUGAUAAUGGCAAUUGCAAAGAAAAUUGUUUAGUGUGUGCUGAUUUCUCCUCAUGUCAACAAUGCCAGACUGGCUAUAUUUUAUAUCAAAAUGGAUGCGUUAGUUCUUGUCCUGUUCAUUCUAUUAAUUGCGUUGAUUAUACUGAUAUAGGAAUAAGAUAAAAUUGAUUUUAUUAUUUUGUUUGAAGAUAUCAUACCUUGUAACUAUAUAUUUAAUUCUUAGACUCUCGUUAUUUAGCAAAAGAAUUUUAUAAUUUAAACAUGAGUACAUCAGAUAUCAACCAUUUCUUUGACUCAACUAUUUCUACUGGUAAUAACUUCAUGAUAGGAUAGAAGUUUUCUAUAUUUCCAACUUAAUUUGUUUUAGGAGGUAUUAUGGUAUGGAGUAAUGCUAUAUAUUAAAAAUCAUGGAGUAUAUGCUGUUACAAUUAGAUUUAAAUUAGAUUUAAUGUUACAUAUGGCGAUGGAUACAGUGGAGUUUUUUAUUACAAAUUAUAAGGUGUUAAAUCUGCAGCUUAUUCAAAACCUAUAUCAGGUGGUUACAACUUUAUUGGUAGGACUCAAUCAGAAAUAACAAGAUAUUUUGAAAUCUUUGAGAAUCCAUUCUAAGAGUCUAUUUUAGAUAUUGAAUUUCAAUGUACAGGUACAUCGGCAGAUCCAAGAGAUGAAUUUUGUGCUAUUUCUGAUUACUUUAUUGUUGUACACUAUGUAAACGUCCUGAUUAUAUUUUAAGUGUCCCCCAUUUUGUCUAGCUUGUACUAAUUGGGAUACAUGUACUAAUUGGGAAUCUGUAUAAGAAUUGCACCUCUUUUAAUUCUCAAUUUACAAAUUAAUAAAAUUAACAUAACUGCAAUCUGAUCUAAGGAACCUAUAAUGAUUAAGAAUUUUAUGAAUGUGUAUUAAAUUGUGGAAAUGGAGUACUGGAUGCUAAUGAAUAAUAUGAUGAUAGGAAUAGAGAGAUUUUAGAUGGAUGUGAUGAAUUUUGUUAAUUAGAAGAUGAUUAUUUAUUUGAUCACUUAACUCAUUCUAUAUAAAAAGAACCAUAUAUUCAAGUUUAGAAGAAAUAAUCAAAUAAUAAUCAGUAUUCUCUUUAGAUCAAUUAAUAUUAAGAAUAAUUAAAUGCCUCAACUUUAACUGUCAAGAUUGAAGGAUUUUCAAAUNAUUCUUCGCACUUACUCGCUUACUCCAAGACUUUUGUUAAAAGGAUCAUAAUUAACUUAAGCAACUUCAAUCUGGGGAUUCCGAAACAUCACUAUUGAUAAUGGCAAUUGCAAAGAAAAUUGUUUAGUGUGUGCUGAUUUCUCCUCAUGUCAACAAUGCCAGACUGGCUAUAUUUUAUAUCAAAAUGGAUGCGUUAGUUCUUGUCCUGUUCAUUCUAUUAAUUGCGUUGAUUAUACUGAUAUAGGAAUAAGAUAAAAUUGAUUUUAUUAUUUUGUUUGAAGAUAUCAUACCUUGUAACUAUAUAUUUAAUUCUUAGACUCUCGUUAUUUAGCAAAAGAAUUUUAUAAUUUAAACAUGAGUACAUCAGAUAUCAACCAUUUCUUUGACUCAACUAUUUCUACUGGUAAUAACUUCAUGAUAGGAUAGAAGUUUUCUAUAUUUCCAACUUAAUUUGUUUUAGGAGGUAUUAUGGUAUGGAGUAAUGCUAUAUAUUAAAAAUCAUGGAGUAUAUGCUGUUACAAUUAGAUUUAAAUUAGAUUUAAUGUUACAUAUGGCGAUGGAUACAGUGGAGUUUUUUAUUACAAAUUAUAAGGUGUUAAAUCUGCAGCUUAUUCAAAACCUAUAUCAGGUGGUUACAACUUUAUUGGUAGGACUCAAUCAGAAAUAACAAGAUAUUUUGAAAUCUUUGAGAAUCCAUUCUAAGAGUCUAUUUUAGAUAUUGAAUUUCAAUGUACAGGUACAUCGGCAGAUCCAAGAGAUGAAUUUUGUGCUAUUUCUGAUUACUUUAUUGUUGUACACUAUGUAAACGUCCUGAUUAUAUUUUAAGUGUCCCCCAUUUUGUCUAGCUUGUACUAAUUGGGAUACAUGUACUAAUUGGGAAUCUGUAUAAGAAUUGCACCUCUUUUAAUUCUCAAUUUACAAAUUAAUAAAAUUAACAUAACUGCAAUCUGA